GGAAAUGUCGCAUCCGCCUUCUGGAUCGCCAACGGAUCUGCGCGAGCAAAGAAAGCUGUUGGGAGACGGGCAGUUGGUCAGAUUGUAGUUGUUUCUCUACGUCUUCAAGAUGGAAAAUUAGAUCAGUUAGUGUCUUCAUUUGAUACAAACUUUAAAAGAAAGAAAACAAGAGCAUUUGGUUGGUAGUUUAGUAUGGAUUUGACCACAUUUCAUCCCGUUUUCCUCUUUCUCGUCUUGUUACAAACUGUGGUGGCCCAGGUGGAGCCGCCGACCGACGUGAAACUGCACUGCCACAAUCUGCACAACGUUCUCAAGUGGAGUUACGACAAACCCUUGCCUGGGCUUAGAUUCAGAGUCAAUGUGGGCUCGACAGACGAUAUGAAUGGUAUUCCUAACGAGCUCUGGGUGGACCCACCAGCUAAACUAGAAGCCGACGUGUCGUUUCUCUCUGAUCCAGGAAGCAGCUACUUCCUUACCGUAACUGCUGUGAUUGGACAGAAUGUGUCUCACGCCGUCCCUGACCAAGGAAUCAUUUUCAGCUAUUUCAAGGACUCUCAAGCAAAUCAGAGAUGUAGUUUGGACUUCCCGUCGGUGAACGUCACCGCCCAACAGGAUGACACCGUGCUGCUCCGCUUCACGCAUCCCUGGCUUGUGUACCACCAUAGGUUGCCUCGGAGUCGAAAAACAAAUGCUCGGGAGAAAAAAAGCCAGGAUGCACAGAAUACCCGAGAGCUACCUGUAUUUUAUUACGAUGUUGUGCUCAUCAGCCAGGAACAAUCAAAACACCACAACUGUGUGAAGGAUGUGUGUGAGGAGAAACUUCAAGUGGAUGCUACACAGAAGAAACACUGUCUGAAGGUCAAGGGAGAGCUGCUGAAAAUAGCAGUUAAAGGCACUCGAGAGUAUUGCGCCCCGCCAUUCGAAGAAGCACCAAGCUAUCUGGUCCACAUCUGCGUCGUGGGCGUCCUGUUGUUCUUCAGUGCAGUUUCCUUUGUCCUCUUCAUGGUGUACCGGAAAAAGACGUCACCCUCAAAUCCUUUACCAAGUGCUAUGAAUUUCAAGAGUAAAAUUAGGGAGGUGACCUCAGGAGCGCUUCAAGAGAGGUUCACCGUGGCAGAAGUGGAGCCGACCUCACCCACACCUCUGCUGUCAUCAGAAGAGAAAGAAUUAUCACCGGCUCUCAUUCCCUCUACUGAGCCCGACGUCCGUCUGCGCAUCGGGGUGUCGGAAGAGGAUGAAGGUGUGUCCAACGACAUGGAGGUAAGGAAUGAUGACUACAUGCAAGGCAAGAACUUUGAAGAAGAUGACGACCCGCCAGACUGCAGUGAGGUCCCCUCUGAUUAUGAGAAACGACAGGUGUUGGUUAAGUUGGCACCAGAUGAACUGGCUGAGGGCUACCGCGGCUGAAGGUGGAACUCGUAUCCUCUGAACAUUGUGGCACGUUGACUGUUUGACAUUAGGUCAAAUGAGGAACUCUCCUGCAAUCCUGCCAUCACCUGCCAUUAAAACUGAAAACUAUGAAAAUGUUCAUCUCUACAGCAAAUUACAGUCGUGAUUACAGACGUCAGGUGGAUCUGUUUGUGUUCUGUCCCUGUCCAAACGUCCCUCUGCCAAGUGAAAAGGGAAUCAGGCCCCUGUUGAUGUGUCAAAGCAGCACAACAAGCAGCCAUUGAGAAAUAAAUUCCUGCAACGUGAUUGACACUUCAGUCCAAAAGCCCUGCAGAUAAAAUACAUUAAAGUCAUCAGAUCCGUCACCAGAGUGUUGUCGGUGUACUAAUGUCGUCCAUCUAAGUUCUUCAUUUCCCCAUACUUGUGUUUUAACUGCUUGCAGUCUGUGAUUGAUUCUGCCGCCAUCACAAUCUUUGCAUGUCUAACAGCCAGUAGCUGAGAAAGCGGCUCAUACUAACACGUGAUUGAUUAUGUUACAGUCCAUGUGGCGUUUAUGUAAAGUGACUUAAAAUAAGUGCAUUCAACUUCCACAGGAAGCUUCACAUGCAUUUCUUAAAUGAGACGUCAUAGGUCACGUUGGGCUCAUUAGUGAUCUGUAACGUGAUCUUCAACAGAAAGAAAUGUGAGCAGCAAAUGUAAAUAAAUAAAAAGUUACUUCCAUCAGUGCAGAGUGCCGAUGAUAGGAUCUUAACUGCUUUCAAGGCGGCAAAGAACGUGCGCUUUAUAUCCUGCGAUGCGUGUUGAAGCGUUAACCAAUAAUAACAUUUCCGUACUGUUCCAUAAACAUCUGUUAAUCAUGCAUCCCCAUCUAUUUGCAUCUGUUGCAUGCACACGUUACUGUACGUAUCAGUGGCUGCUGAGCGGUCACAUUACCGUAUUCACUGUGGAAUAGUACGUCUUAUGAAAAUGUAGAAUCUCCUCUUGCUUAUUUGCACUUGUGCCUUUUUUCUACCUGAAUCAAAUCCUUUAGCUUCUCAUUGCGGCACAUGUUAAAGAAGCAGUGGAACAGAAGUGGAUCGUUUGUCUGCUGGUAGACCAGGAGGAGGAGAACGAGGGAGAGAUUAUUCAAUUAAUAAUGCACUAAAAGCCAAACGUGCUCUCUCCCGCGUGACAUCGCUUCAGUGUGGUUGUAAAGGAUGUGGAGUACAUUUGUUUAGAUAAAUGUAUGUAGGCAUCACUGGAGUUGAACAUUUACUUUAUUGGCAAAUAACCGAUGAUUGAACGAUUACUGCACAGGGUUACAAAAAGUAUUUAAUGCCUUUAAAUGUAUUUAAGCAGUUUGAAAACUGCAGUUCAUGAAAGUGUCGAUCUGCACCAGAGUGAAGCGAUGUUUUAACACAACCCGUCUUAUCUUCGUGCUAAAGACGAAUCGUUGUUUUGUAUUUAACUUUUUUUGUGUUAAAUAACUUCAAACUACACAGAUGUUGAUGUGAGACAUCUCAGAACCUCUUGGCAGGUUAGUUGUUAUGAGUACAGAGUCUGGCUGAAGAGAUGCUGACUAUGAAAUGUUUUAUUUGUAAAAACUCCACCAAUUUCAAUAUGAAAGGAUGUGUUAGCAGCCGGAGUGAUCUGGGUGUGACCAUGUUUGUAUUUGUAUAAGCUGUGAGCCCAUUAAAGUCCAGCGCUUCAUGUUUUAAAUCUAGCUGCCUAACUGUUCACUAGUCUUUCUCAGUAUCCGAUUCUGUGCCUCUGUCCACACGAUGAUUCCUUCCGUCUGAAAGCUACUGUUUGUUUAUUAUCUUGCCAUUUUUUUACGCAUUACAUCAUUUCAAUAAAAACUAAGAUACA